UACUUCCUGUAGAAAAUACGUCUGUGUUUUCCUAGUAGAUUAGUUAGAAAAGAAGAAAUAAAAUGUGAAGUUUGCGGUUUUAGCGCAUAUUCUUACUCGAUUCAUUCUCAGUAUAUCUUCAGAAUAUAAAAAGGUGUCUAAAUGGGUGCAUAUUACUGCGCCAUAUGUAGACAGACGACAUUCUCCGGAAAGAAACACAUUUUUGAAAAAAAUCAUCAAAGCAGACUCCGGGUCGUUCUUCUCAAGUUUUUAGAAAAGGUGAAAGAAGCUCGGCGAACUCUUAAAAAGCCCCAGGUGGAAAAGUUUGAUUGCACCCAACACAAGAAGACAUUCUGGUGCUACUGCUGUGAGCUUGAAGUUGAAAGGAAUGUUACAGACGGGAACAUGACCGUGCUUCAUGGAGGACUUUUGGAGCACAUGGCCACCCCAGAACAUAAGAAGAAUACCCACAAGUUCUGGUGGAAAAAUAAAGCUGACCCAAAAUUCAGAGACAAAGUUAUCAUCACAGAGGAAGAAACUGAAAAGUUUAAAGCUGAGGUAACAAAAGUUUUGGAAUCAUUCGUGGAAAAGGAGGAUGAGUUCAUUAAGCAGGAAGCUGACUUCAUCCGGGCUCAGGAGAAGCAACGUCAGGAGGUCCUUCAGUCUCAUUUAGAGCGGGAUGAAGAGCUGGAGCUGUCCAACGGACCAAAUGGCACCAACACGUCUGCAGAGGUUUCUGUCAGCUCUCAAUUUCCACCUCAAGGAUCAGACCAGCAUUUGGGGAGCGGUUUUGUUGACUCGAUGGUUGAGGUUCCCUGGGCUGCAACAGGACAAGGCCUUACUUUUAUAGGUUAUCAGGAUUCCUCUAACAGUGGAAAUGUUCAUACAGGUGCCGUCCCUCCUUGGCUCCAAGAUGAUCCUCUUGAGGGGACCUCUGGAGCACGCACAGAAAUUGGCCCAUCCUUCCAAGAGUUCCUAAAACAAAAGGAACAAGAGAAGCUGAGGAAGCUUCCGCCGAACAGAGUGGGGGCCAAUUUUGAUCAUAGCUCACAAACAGAUGCCAACUGGCUUCCGUCUUUUGGUAGAGUGUGGAACAGUGGCCGGCGUUGGCAGUCCAGGCACCAAUUUAGACAAGAGGAAGGGCAGAAGAACAGACAGAAGAGGAAGCGGGAGCACGACACAGAGAACGCAAAGAAAACGAAAUGAACUGAACAGCCAACAAAUUCUGACAAUUAAAAGUUUAGAUUGUGAAGACCUAAGAGUCAAAUUAUGUAUAUAGUUUGUAAGUGUUUAAAUAAAGCCCUUUUCCAUGUCUGAGCAGUGGUUGGAAUGCCAAAACUUAGUUAUAGUAAAAUGAAGAAAAUGUCUUCAAAUUCUUUGUAACACAAUCUUAAAUGUUUACAGUAAAGUAGUUAACAUGGUAUCAUUAACAGUAGGAAAUGGAUUUUAUGCAAGAAAGUCACAUUUUUAAUAGCAUUUUUCUAUUUAAAACCUCAAUUUUGCAUUAUCUUACACACUUGUACAUUACCACAUGGUAUUCCAACUAAAUUGAUCAAUACACUACAGCAUUCAGUCAUUUGGAUCAAUGACUUCAAGUCCAGUGCUGCUUUCUGACGUGGAAGUUACUGUGGUCUGAAAACAUGGUGGUGCUUUUAAGUGAACAGCAGGGGGCGCAAAGUCCACUUCUAACAAGCCACUGGCUGGCUGUAUAAGUCAGUUAAAAUAAUAUAAACUAUUUUGUUAAGUGGAAAUGACAAAAGUGAUACGUGAAAUGCAAUUUUUGCAUAACGUUAUAUAAAGCAAUUAAUUGCAUAUAUACAUAUGAAUGCUGUCAAGGAGUGAUGUUACACAGCUUUAAAUUGAUAGUAUAUUCUCUCAGAUUGAGGAUUUUGCUUAGGUUAGUCAUUUCAGUUGUAUGGAGACACUUUCUAAGCACAUUUGUCGUCUCCAGGAGCUUAUGUUCCUUUUGAAGGCAUCUCCUCAUUUUUUAUUUUUUACUAAGCAGAUUUUUUUGUUUUAAUCGCCAGCUGAUAAGAAAUUACUUCUUAACUAGUUCUGUGAUUUUACAAGAACUCUGUGAAAUAGACUGUGGCUGUUCUGCCAAGAGAAGUACAAUACUAAUAUAAAGAUUAAUGAAUGGCCCAGAACAAUAAAAGUAAUAGUCUAUUUUCCA